UGGAGAAACAACAUCGUCGCGCGUAUCUAUCACGUGUAUUUGCUCUGAAGCGCACAUUGGUAAUUUAGUUCUUAUCUGGCACUGCUAGCGAGAACAUACUCAAGUGUUUGCCACCAUAAAAUUGAAACGUGUCUACGCACAUAAAACAAUAUAAAAUACAGUCAUGUCAGCGAAUAAGGGCUAUGUGCGUCCAGCGGAUUUCAUCGAUCCCGGCAAGCCUUCGAAGUGCACUUGGCAUCUGGGCACCAAGGAGCAGACGCCCCACACGCAACGUGGCAUCGCGCAUCGUCAGAAGAUUACCCCCGAUAUCCUGGAGGUGAUUGGCUGCACACCACUUGUCAAGCUCAACAACAUACCCGCCAAGGAGGGCAUUCAGUGCGAGAUGUAUGCCAAGUGCGAGUACCUGAAUCCAGGUGGCUCGGUGAAGGAUCGCAUCGGCUAUCGCAUGGUGCAGGAUGCCGAGGAGCAUGGUCUCCUGAAGCCAGGAUACACCAUCAUUGAGCCCACGUCGGGCAACACGGGCAUUGGCCUGGCCAUGGCUUGUGCCGUCAAGGGAUACAAGUGCAUCAUUGUCAUGCCCGAGAAGAUGUCCAACGAGAAGGUUUAUGCAUUGCGUGCUCUGGGUGCCAAGAUUAUACGCACGCCCACUGAGGCAGCCUAUGAUUCACCCGAAGGAUUAAUCUAUGUGGCCCAGCAGUUGCAGCGCCAGACUCCCAACUCGAUUGUGCUGGAUCAGUAUCGCAACGCGAGCAAUCCGUUGGCGCAUUAUGAUGGCACCGCUGCGGAGAUUCUGUGGCAGCUCGACAACAAGGUGGACAUGAUUGUGGUUUCGGCUGGAACAGCUGGCACCAUCAGUGGCAUUGGACGCAAGAUCAAGGAGCAGGCGCCCAAUUGUCAAGUGGUGGGCGUCGAUCCUUAUGGCUCCGUGUUGGCGCGUCCCGAGGAACUCAAUAAGACUGAUGUGCAAUUCUAUGAGGUGGAGGGCAUUGGCUACGACUUUCUGCCCACAGUAUUCGACUACAGCGUCGUGGACGUGUGGACCAAGAUCUGUGAUGCCGACUGCUUCCCCAUGAGUCGUCGCCUCAUUGCCGAGGAGGGUCUGCUCUGCGGUGGCUCAAGCGGUGGCGCCAUGCAUGCGGCCCUCGAAUAUGCCCGCACUUUGAAGGCUGGCCAGCGUUGUGUGGUCAUUCUGCCCGAUGGCAUUCGCAACUACAUGACCAAGUUUGUGUCCGACAACUGGAUGGAGGCACGUGGCUUCAAGCAGCCCGUCAACGAGCAUCGCCACUGGUGGUGGAGUGUGCCCAUCUCCCAGCUGCAGCUGCCCAGUCCUGUGGCCACGCUGCAGUCCAACACAACUGUGGGUGAGGCCAUCGCACUGAUGAAACAGCAUCGCGUGGAGCAGUUGCCCAUGGUUGACCAAGAAACUGGAAAUGUUUUGGGCGUCGUGGGUCAAGAGACGCUCAUCAAUCAGAUUGUCAGCAUGAAUAGGCAAUUGGAUGAUCCAGCUCUCAAAGCAAUAAAUAAGAAAGUCAUUCGUCUGGCUGAGACUGAGAUACUGGGCAAGCUGGCACGUGUGUUGGAGGUGGAUCCCAGUGUGCUGAUUAUCGAUGACAAGCAGAAGAUCUUGGCACUGGCAACCAAACUGGAUGUCACAUCGUACAUUGCGUCUGGCGCUGGCGCCAAGCAAAACGGCAACGGAGAUGUCAAGCAUUAAAAUUCUGCUGGGAUGCUUUUAACUUAAUGAUGAUAUAAUUAACCAGUGCAUUUACACAUAAUUUAACAUUUUAGUAAUUAAAUCUUGGACACAUUUUAUAUCGUAACAAAAA